GAAUGAUUAACUGAAUUAAAAGGACAAUAUAAAAAGAGCUGGUUGUGUUGCACAUGGUGGACUUGAACUAGUUUCUGGUUUUCAAGGCAAGGCUAGUGUAACUGAACCACAACGACCUGCUGAACAGACAGAAGACCGUGAGCUUCACGCGCAGGGAUCACAGCACGGGCUCUUGGUAACACCUGGGUUGUCCUUUACCAAACGGACUCAAAAAGAGACAAUGACAUGAUAUAGGCUAUAGAUCCAUAAGGCUGUAUGGAAAGGUUAGUUAAAAUGCAUAACCAUAGACAGACUAAAGCAAAUGUUUUAACAGAUGUGACACCUAUUUUAACAUUAGUUCAGGGUGAAGUUAUAGGCUACAGUUCUAUUGUUAGGCACAGACUCCGAGCUCCCAAACAAAGCGACGCAGGGAGCUAGGGAAACGGAGCGCAACGCUUAUUUAAUAGGUUAGUGACUCUUUCCCUCACACACACACACACAGAGAGAGAGAGAGACACACUGGGAUGGAGAUGUAACAGCCGUGCGAAGGCGGUUUCCACAGCGAUGAAGCAUUUUGGAGGCAGUUUUUAACCGCUGUACAUAGAAGAGAGAGAGAAAACGAUCGACUCGACAAGCCUGAGAUCGGCGAGGGAAGACCAGAAUAAAAAAAGGGGGGGGUGCAGUGUCUCUGGCCCAAGUGUCACAGACAGCGGGAGGAAUAUCAUCUUUAGCCGCUAAUCCCUGCAAAUUCGAGGAGAGAAAAAGUGCCAGUGUCACUAUAGGCCUUAAGAGCCAGAGAUGAUUCAUUCUAAACCUCAAAGUGAAGGAUAACAAGUGGCCCAGACUCCUGUGACCUCUCAUCCCACCACCUCCUCCUUCACUCUGUUCGAGUCAUUUCCUCUAACCUCUAAACUGUGUAACGUUCUCCAUUCCCCCCGGCUGGUUCAAUCUAUACAGACACAGACUGACUGGAUGACCAUCUGGACCUAUGUAAAUCAACACGAAGACAACAUAAACCAACCAGCAGAGAGGCCUUGAAGACGGACUCUCCUGGAUACUGACUGAGCUGCCAGAUGCUACUCUGGAUGGGGCAGGAGGCUGUAGGCUGUUAGGCUAGCUAGGCCAUGCUGCUCCCUGUGCCUUCCUCCUCUCCCAUGCUGCUUCCAGGAGACCUACGGGCUACAAACAUCAUUAUCAUCAUCUUCAUCACUCCCCAAUGCCACAGGAAGUACAGUGCCUAGGAGGGGACUGACUGAACCUCAACUAUUACGGACAGAGUGAACUGGAAACACACACACACACACAAACAGACCCUUCAGCUGUGGAACAGACAAAGACAGAAGGCAAAGAGAUACUAAGCACUGAGAGGAGGGCGGGAUUAUGGCUGCCGAGAGUCUGACCGAGCUCCGUGAUUGGCUCUUUCUGCUCCUCCUGUGCCUGACUCUAUUGGCCGAGAUGCUGGAGUUGGCGGCGGCAGCAGUUGCCAUGGAGGAAGGCGAGGAAGACUUCCCGUGCCCGUCAGUGUGCCGGUGUGACGAGGGCUUCGUUUACUGUAACGACCGGAGCCUGAGCAUGAUCCCUCCUCUACCGUUAACAGCUACCGUUCUCUACCUACAGAGCAACCGGUUGGCCAACUCCGGCCUGCCGGCGUCGUUAGAGCGCAGCAGUAGUAUCCGUGUGGUCUACCUUUACGCCAACCAACUAGACGAGUUUCCUAUACACCUGCCGCCGUCGCUACGGGAACUACACCUGCAGGACAACAACAUUCGGACGUUGCCGCGCACGGUGUUGGCCAGGUUACCGUUGCUAGAGAGGCUACACCUGGACGACAACUCCAUCUCCACGGUGAGCAUUCAGGAGCGGGCCUUCUCCGGUACGCGGCGGCUGAGGUUACUCUUCCUCUCCCGGAACCACCUGUCCAGCAUCCCAGCCGGCCUCCCGGCUUCUUUAGAGGAGCUGAGGUUAGACGACAACCGCAUCAACACCAUCCCCACCCACGCCUUCCGGGGCCUGGCCUCACUGAGACGCCUGGUCCUGGACGGGAAUCUCCUGGCCAACACCCGCAUCGCUGAUGACACCUUCUCCCGCCUGGCCAACCUCACGGAGCUGUCGCUAGUCCGCAAUGCCCUGCAGGCCCCACCCAUCAACCUGCCCAGCACACACCUGAUGAGGCUGCACCUGCAGGACAACGGACUGAUUCACGUGCCCCGGGGGACCCUGGACGGGAUGAGGAGGCUGCAGCGGCUGGAUCUGUCAGGGAACAACCUGACCACUCUGCCCCGGGGGCUGCUGAGGGACACGGACGGCCUGGAGCUGUUGCUGCUCCGGGGGAACCCCUGGUACUGUGGCUGCAACCUGCACUGGCUCCACGCCUGGCUGUAUGGCCGCGGGGCGGCGGUGACAGUACGGGGCCUGACCUGCCACGGACCGGAGGCGGUGCGAGGCCAGGCCCUCAGGGACCUCUCUGGGCUCAUGGACCAGUGUGAAGGCCCCCCAGGAGGGGUGAACAGUGUGGGGGGUAGAGGAGGAGGUGUCACUAGUACUACCACCUUUCCCCCCACCCAGGGCUCUCUGUUCACCCUCAGAGCCAUACGGCCGGGCCUGGUGAAGCCAUUACCACCGGGAGGAGAGGCGGGGGGUCAUGCCUCACACAACGCUUUAGAACUCACCGUGAAGCCUCUGUCGGCAGACAGUGUGCAGGUGACGUGGCUGUGCCCGCGGCCGGCGCCCUCCUUCCGGCUGUCCUGGCUGAGGCUGGGCAGCAGCGCCGCUCUGGGUUCCAUCACAGAGACGCUGGUACCCGGGGAGAGACAGCAGUACCUACUGACCCAGCUCACGCCACGAUCACACUAUCUCAUCUGCCUGCUCCCCCUGCGCUCCACAUCCUCCCACUCUGGAGGGUCACAGAGAGGACAGCAACAGGAAAAGGACACAACAGACCAGAGCCCUGUCUGCUCUCAGAUAGAGACGGGGGAGGCUCUGCGCCCCGAGGGGGGAAAUGGGGGUGAGGACUCGGACACAGAGAUGGCAGCCCUCCCCCUGGCCGAGAUCAUUGGCGGAGCCACAGCCCUAGUCUCCCUCAUACUCAUCUUCGGCAUCUUCUGCUGGUAUGGCCAGCGCACCGGGUAUGUCUCCGGGGAAACAGACUCCUAUGGGGUCAGAGGUCAGCGUGUGGUCGGGAAGCCGUACGAUGACUACGUGGAGUCGGGUACUAAGAAGGACAGCUCCAUCCUGGAGAUCAGGAGCCCCGGCUUCGCCAUGACGCCCAUGACGACCCAUCAGCCACUGCAACCCAAAGGAGGGGAGGAUGUGACCUACGUGCACACCAUCUUCCCCUCAACGCAUGGUAACGGCACCUACCGAAGCAACCAGAGUCACAACGGCAUCAUCACCCAACUGGGUCACACGGCAGGCUACGGGACCAACCAGGGUUACCGGGAGCAAGGGAUGAUCCCAGAUAUAGACUACUCCUACACGUGAUGACAUCAUCUCAGACACACUUCUCCCACCCCCACCGGUUGGAUGCCGUUCUAAGGAUACGGUUCCAGCAGGCGGUUGGUUGGUUGGUCUCCUUGGUUCCAAAGUACCCUCUGUGCCUCCUCACUUCUGCUCUGAAUCUUAUUUAUCUGUUACUAGCUGACUGGCUUGGGUUGCUGUGUCCCCACAGGGCCACCCCACAUACAUGUUUGCUGGGUGACAGAAGUGUUUCAGUGCUUCUCAUGUUUAUACAUUGUUUUGAGGUCUCAGUAUCUUUACAGCUACUGUACUCUUCCUUCUAUUCCAUAAAAGACCGUUAGUAGUUUGAGGUGGAUGUUUAGGCGUAGGCAGACGCUAAAAGGCAAAUAUAUUCCAGACAGAAACACUUGUGUAGACUGCUACACUAUAUAUACACAAAAGUAUGUGGACACCCUUUCAAAUGAGUGGAUUCGGCUAUUUCAGUCACACCUGUUGCUGACAGGUGAAAAAAAUCAAGCACACAGCCACGCAAUCUCCAUAGA